AUGUCCCAACCAGCACUGCGAACGUGGCUCGCCUCUGCGCGCUGCACCUCAAAAUCCGCCACGGCGUCGGCGUCGUCAAGUCGAAUAUUUACGAGGUACCAGUCAACGGAAGAGCUCCUGAAGACCCCAGAGGACUGGGCAAGAUUCAAGCAGAAGCGUCAGGAAACCAAAGACAUUAUUGAAAUAUUUAGCCAGUACGGCUCUACGGUCAAUCCAGACAACACUUUUAGACUACGCCACGGCAUCCACAAGCCAAUAGCCCACGCGACAACUUCCGCUCUUCUUGCAGCGGGUGCCCACUUCGGGCAUGCGUCAACCCGUAUGAACCCAAAUUUCGUACCUUACGCCUACGGAACGCGUGCGGGAAUUACCAUAAUCGACCUCGACCACACCGUCCCCAUGCUUCGUCGAGCCGCAAACCUCACACGACAGGUAGCUCGGGAUGGUGGAAUCAUCCUCUUCAUUGGCACCCGGCCAGACCUCCGACCUGUUGUCUAUAAGGCCUCUGAAAGGUUAGGAAAGCAAGGCUUUCACGUUGGUGACCGUUGGUUGCCUGGUACGCUCUCCAACCGACGACAGUUCUUUGGUGAAAGCGAAGUCGACAGCCAUCGGACAACACCUGAUCUUGCCAUCAUCCUCAACCCUCUGCAAAACACGAUUGCUAUCCAAGAGUGCGCUCAAGCGCACGUACCCACUAUCGGAAUCAUCGACUCUAACGUGGACCCUCGGUUGGUGAUGUAUCCCAUCCCCGCCAAUGACGAAAAUCCAAGAACAGCAGAGCUGGUCGCGGGCAUUCUGAGCAUUGCUGGUGGCGAGGGUGUCACUCUUCGCGAGAAGGCAAGAAUAGAGGGGCUCAAGAAAAAGGAGAAGUGGACCAGGCAGAAGCGGUCGAAAGCCCUGUACGAGAACAACGCGUAA